AUGGCGACGCUCAACACAUCUACCAAUGGCCAAUCCAUCCGGUCAAGCUACGAGAAGAUUGUCAACGGUCCGGCACAGUCGUGGGCAGUGUUUACCGUCCAGGCACCACUUGUAUCCGCCUUCCAGCAGGACUCUGGCAAGGAAUCAAUACUCAAGGUUCAGACGACCGGCGAAGGUGACCUAGUAGACCUCGUCGAAGAGUUCUCAGAUGGCCGCAUCCAAUUCGCUUUCGUCAAAGUCAAGGAUCCGAACAGUGGCCUACCCAAGAACGCUCUCGUCGCCUGGUGCGGAGAGGGAGUACCCGAGAGGACGAAGGGCUACUUCACCAGCCAUCUCAAUGCCGUCUCGAAGAUUCUCCAUGGCUAUCACGUGCAAGUCACAGCACGAUCCGAUCGAGAUCUGACUCCCGAGAUCAUCAUGCAAAAAGUGGCAGACUCUUCGGGCUCCAAAUACAGUGGCGGUGGGUCUGCGCUGACUCCUUCCUCAAGCGGUCCACCACCAGUCGCCAGUAAACCGGUUAUGCCAACGAAGAGCUUCGGAGCUGCUGGCGGCUACUCACCACUAGGCACGAGAUCAAGGCAAGCAGCGAUCCAAGCAAGCUCAAGCGAUAACGAUGGCUGGGGUUCAGAUGCACCACAGGUGUCACGAUCGCAACUUGAGAAGGUGGACUCGGCUUACAAGCCCACAAAAGUGGACAUGGCAAGUCUGCAGUCUGGCCACGAUGCAUCACGACAGGCACCUCAGCGAGAGAAUGGAAGCCCGGAUGUCGUGCGUGGAGGGUAUCAGCCCAUUGGCAAGGUGGACCUCAACGCCAUCAGGUCGCAAGCUUCGGGACAAGGGCGUGCUCAAGAUGAUCGACCAACAGUGGUCAAAGGUGCAUACGAGCCGACUGGCAAAGUGGAUAUCGCUGAGAUCAGGAGAAAAGCGCAAGCUGCACCACCGCACUCUGCAGCACCCGCACCUUCCCAACCAUCUGCUGGCGAGGACGAACGACCAAAGAGCUUGGCAGACAGGUCUGCAGCUUUCCAACAGUCUGGGGAAAGACUCACCACGCUGCCCAAACCACAAGUCGCCAAUCGCUUUGGAUCGCAAGCGAGCAGCUUCACAGGUACGAAGGCACCAGCUCCUGGGGGCUUCGAAGCCAAAUCCUCUGCUCCUGCUGCACCAGUAGGCACAGCAAGUCGAACGUUCGCCGACCAAGGUGGCAAGACACCAGCACAGCAAUGGGAAGAGAAGAGAAGGGCUCGUGGUCUUAGCGGGGCUGCGGAUACUACAGCGCCCGGUGGACCUACGUCGCCAAUUGCCAGUCAACCGAGCGGAGGCUGGCAAAGCCAGUAUGAGGGCAAGAAAUGGGGCGUGCAGCUGCCAAGUAGGACUGGCGGUAGUGGCGUCAGUGCUCAACGAACAGGCCAGGACGAGCCACCUGUUCAGGCCCAGCCUGAGGAAGAGGAAGAACAACAGACAUCUUCCGGCGGUAUCGGCAGCAUCCGCAACCGUUUCAAAGAUGCUCCGCCCAUGGGCGCCGCCCGCGAAGCGCCUAGCGGUGCUCCAGAGCCACCACCAUUGGACAACUCCAGCAAACCGAACGCCGGCGUCCGUGGCGUCGCAAUGCCUGGCCUACCAAGUCGACUAUCUGAAGCUGGGCGUCCAGCAGAAGAGCACCAGGAUCUGCCACCUCCUCCACCACGCCCAAUGCCUCAAGAUGAGCCCGAAGAGGAGGAAGAUGAAGAGCCCAUGCCUCCCGGCUCUCCAGUCCGUAUCGCCAUGCCCGUGGCCCGUGAAGCCGUCCCGGAGCUCACAAAAGCCGACCCCUUGCCGCCGCGUGCCGUCCCCACCGCAUCUCUAGCGCAAGCUGCGGACAGCUUUCCAGAGCCUAGCCCAGCACCACAAGUACAUGAGCAGGAUCCAGCCCGUGGUGCUGGCAUUGCAGCUGCAAGCGAAGGACCGGCCGAUGUCCGUGCGAGUGAGCAGGGAGGCAAGACGGCGAUUGCACAGUAUGAUUAUGAGAAAGCGGAAGACAACGAGCUCGAGUUGCGCGAAGGUGAGAGGGUUACGGACAUCGAUAUGGUGGAUGAGGACUGGUGGAUGGGGAGAAAUGAGAAGGGCGAGAUGGGUUUGUUCCCGAGUAAUUAUGUCGAGCUUCAGGAAGGUGGAGGCUCUGGUGCUGGUGCUGGGAUGGCGGCGCGUCAUGAGCCGGAGCCGGAACCUGAGGAAGAGGAGAUACACGCUCCUCUGCCUGCUGCACCGGCGGGUGUUGCUGGAAGUGCUGGUGGGAAGACGGCGUUGGCCCAGUAUGAUUACGAGGCUGCGGAGGACAAUGAGCUGUCUUUCCCUGACGGAGCUAAGAUCACUGAUAUCGAGUUCCCCGACGAAGAUUGGUGGUUCGGCCACUUCGGUGGCAAGAGCGGAUUGUUCCCUGCUAACUAUGUCACUCUGGACUAA